AUGGCUCCAAUUCAACCUAUUAAAAAUUAUGAUUAUUUAGUUAUCGGAGGUGGAUCCGGGGGAGUUGCCUCAGCUCGUAGAGCUGCUAAAUAUGGAGCUAAAGUCUUGUUAAUUGAAUCUAAAUUUGAACAAUUAGGUGGGACUUGUGUAAAUGUCGGGUGUGUACCUAAGAAAAUCAUGUGGUAUGCUGCUGAUAAUGCUCAUAGAAAACAUCAAUUAAAAUCUUAUGGAUUAUUAUCUGAAUCUGAAGAUGGAGAAGUUAAAUUCGGCGAUUUCAAUUGGGGGUUGAUUAAAACUAAGAGAGAUGCUUAUGUCAAGAGAUUGAAUGGUAUUUAUGCUAAUAAUUUAAACAAGGAAGGGGUGGAAUAUUUAUAUGGGUUUGCUAAAUUCAUAAAUUCUGAUGGUGAUGUUGAAGUUACUUUAACUGGAGAUCAAGAAAUUCCAUUCUUAGAACAAGGUAAAUCAUUUAAACAACAUGAAAAAUUAGUAUUCUCCUCUAAAAAAGUGUUAAUCGCUACUGGUGGUACUGCCAUUAUUCCUCCAAAAAUUGAAGGUAGUGAAUUAGGUAUUACUUCCGAUGGAUUCUUUGCUUUAGAAACACAACCAAAAUCCGUAGCUGUUGUCGGUGCUGGAUAUAUUGGAGUUGAAUUCUCUGGGGUAUUCCAAAGUCUUGGUAGUGAAACUCAUUUCAUUAUUAGAGGUGAUACGGUUUUAAGAUCGUUUGAUGAUAUAAUUCAAACCACCAUUACUGAUUAUUAUACUGAUAAAUUAGGAGUUAAUUUAUAUAAACAAUCAGGUGGAGUUACAAAAGUUAAAGCCACUUCAGAUGGUAAGAAAAAAGUUUAUUUAGGCAAUGGAAAGAUUCUUGAAGUUGAUGAAUUAGUUUGGACAGUUGGUAGAAAAUCAUUAAUUGAUAUUGGAUUAGAUAUUGUUGGAGUUAAGAUUAAUGAUAAAAAACAAAUCAUUGCUGAUGAAUAUCAACAAACUGCUCAUCCAAAGAUUUUCUCCUUAGGUGAUGUCGUGGGUAAGGUUGAAUUAACUCCAGUUGCCAUUGCUGCAGGUCGUAGAUUAUCCAAUAGAUUAUUUGGACCUGAAAUCUAUAUUAAAGAUAAAUUAGAUUAUGAUAAUGUUCCAUCCGUAAUCUUUUCUCAUCCAGAAGCUGGUUCAAUUGGAUUAUCUACCAAAGAAGCCAAAGAAAAAUAUGGUGAAGAAAAUAUUAAAGUAUACAAUUCAAAAUUCACGGCUAUGUAUUAUUCCAUGAUGGAAAGUGAUGAUUUAAAAUCUCCAACCGCUUAUAGAAUCGUUUGUCAUGGGCCUGAAGAAAAAGUAGUUGGUCUUCAUAUUGUUGGUGAUUCAAGUGCUGAAAUUUUACAAGGUUUUGGGGUAGCUAUUAAAAUGGGUGCUACUAAGAAAGAUUUUGAUAAUUGUGUAGCUAUACAUCCAACUUCAGCUGAAGAACUUGUUACAAUGACUUAG